CUAUAAAACCAUGCUAGAGCACAUGCAUAUGCAUGCACAAGUGACUAUCUCUCUGAGUUUGAAAUGAAGUGGCUGCUUGUACUAAGCCUUCUAGUCUGGGCUAACCAGCCCACAAGAGCAACUGAGGAGUCUUGCUCCCUUGGAACACACUCUACAAGCUACCCUGUAGGCGACAUGCGAAACUGUGAACUAUCAACAAACGACGGUCCAGCAUAUAGAAUGGAGGUCUUACCAGGAGGAGGAUUUGACAACUUGCGUAACCUGGACAUGGGUUUGGUGCAUGCUUACAACUACUCACAGUGUCAAAUGUCCCCUGACGGAAAAUAUCUUUUGCCAGACAAUGUUUUCUUGAUUCCACUACAACAGAGCAAACUCGAUCUGUUCUCGGAGUUGUUUGACCAUUGGGAUAAUUACACUGAUGUGACAUCAGGCUCGAUAAAUGCAGGAGGUUCUUACGGUCCAAUUGGAGGCAAGUUCUCAGCUGGCUAUUCGAGUACAAAAACUCACCAGUUUAACGAUAGAUCGGUUUCAACACGGACUCAGAUAAGACACAAGCUCUACACAGCCAAGGUACAGCCAGGAGCUCAACUAAACUCCAAAUUUAAAGCCUCAAUAAUUGAAAUUGCAACUAAUCUGCAAAACAACAAUACGGAGUUAGCCAAUUAUCUUGCUGAGUUACUUAUACGAGAUUAUGGAACACAUUAUGUUACGUCUGUAGACGCAGGUGCUGUGCUCGCUAAAACUGAUCACCUUGAUACAUCAUACACCGAGGACAAAACCAAAAAAACAAUAAAAGCGUCAGCAUCCGCUUCAUUUUUUGGUGCAGUCUCAAUUGGUAGUAAAUUCUCACAUACCAGUACCACAGACAGCGGCUACAACACAUCACUUUCGCACUCUGAGAUAUCUAGCUAUGGUGGACCACCCUACCAACCUGUAAACUUUUCUCUAGCAGACUGGGAAAAAGGAGUGCCUAAUACGCUAGUAGCUAUCGACCGAGCUGGAGACCCACUAUACUACGCCAUCAACAGCAAUACGCUACCUGAGUGGCCUGAUAUAACUGUACAAGAAGUUGCUGAGACAGUGGAUAAAGCUAUUAGUAGGUAUUACAAGGUCAAUUCUCGAUACGGAUGCACGAAUCGAAAUGCAGCGAAUGUAAACUUUCAGGCAAAUAUCGAUGACAAUAGUUGCAAAAUGCCAACUACGAGCUUUUCGUUUGGAGGAGUUUUUCAAACUUGUGGUGAUAUUAACGACGAAAGUAACACAAUAUGCAGCCAAGUCCAACAAAAGAAUCCGUUAACAAGUGACUAUAGUUGCUCUUCUCCCUACAAAUCCGUACUACUGCACGAGGGUGUUGUUACAAAAACAGUCACUGAGAGAGUGUGUCACAAAAGCUGGUGGAAGAAAAAGUGUCAGAAUGUGAAGAUGGCGAGACAGGCUAAAUAUAGCACGUACUGGUGUGCAGCUCUACCCGGUACAAAGGUACCAGAAAACACAGGAUACCUAUUUGGUGGGUUCUACACAUCCAAAGAAAACAAUCCCCUAACGCAAACUAGAGGUUGCCCCAAGUAUUAUACACCGCUACGAAUGCUUGAAGAAGUCACUGUGUGUGUGAGUGAUAGCUACGAAACAGCCAGAGACAGCAGUCUAAAUUUUGCUGGUUUUGAGAGCUGUAAGGCUGGUAACCCACUAGCUACAAAUGCUAACACAACCACUAACAACUGGCCACAUGACUGCCCACCCCACUACACACCCCAGCUUGUAACAGUCGACGGUGAUUGUGAAGUUAAUUUCUGCGUGCAUCACGGAGCUUUUGGUACAACAUCUCUACUGCCUAUCAAGCUACCACCAUUCCGAAAACACGCUAAGCUCGUGACUAACAUGACUCACACACUUUCUCUGGUUACGCUAGAUGGUGAUGUUUGGAUGAGAAACGAUUCCGGCCAAUGGUACGUGAGACAAAGUGGUCCCGAUAGUGGAGAAACUUUGCUAAUUCAACUUGGACUAAUACCUCCUGAGGUGCAGCCAGCACAAGGACUGACAACCGAUGAUCAAUCCCCUCAGAGCCUAUCCAAUGGAGUGGUAGCUACACUGUCUGUUGUAAGCACUCUUGCAUUGGGUGCACUGGUACUUGGGGCUAUGUUCGUGGGCCGGCGUAUUCGACAUUCAAGGAAGAAAAAAUCAGAGUAUUCUGAGCUGAACAACUCGGGGAGUCACCAGCAACACAACGUCACUGACGAGAGAGUUUAGCAAACAAACUAUUGAAAACUGCGUACUGUAUUAUUAUAACAUAGUUUAGAUGUACGUGUAUUUGUACAUUUUCUUUCCAAAAUGCUUUCAAAAUAAACAAA